UGUUGACCUGGAGAGGACCGGUACUCUUCCCGAGCCCGAUCCGGAGCUUCGACUUGACUCAUGUUGCGGCACAGCGCAGAGUCAGCGUGUCAACUACCAUCCACCAGGUCCUCUCGGCCCGCGAGCUGCUAUAUGAUGAUGUGUUGGCGUCAGGGUACGGCUAUGCGCGUGUGGUUGUGGUAGCUGAGACCUGCGCCGAGAGGCUGUCACCAGACAGAGCACCAGGACAGAGCAUUGCAUGAUACAGUGUAUAUCAACAUUCUCUCUGUUCCUUGUGCUGAAGAAAACCCAUACUGCUGAUUUUCGGCUGCCAUGAACCCCGUCUCUAGGGCCAGAGACGCAGGAACCGGGCUGUUUCGUGGCGUCUGGGGAAGCAUGUUGGUGUGUGUGACAGCCCUGAUGAGCACACACUCUUCUCCUUGGCUCAGAUAUCACAAUCCUUCUAUUGUCUCCGGCAUUCCGGGACUGGUACACCACGUCUGGGAGAAAACCCGGGGAAAUGGUUGCGUGUCACAACCACGAGGCUUGUCGGUACGAAAAUUCGACGCCACGACUUCGUUAUACCCUCGGCUUUGCCCGAUUGAGCCUACUCUGCCGCGGCGUUAAUCCCUGCAUCGUCCGCAUUUUUCGUAAAUCUCACAGCGCUCGCCGUCAUCAGUGGCCGAUCCACGAGCCGGAAACCUUCACGGCUUAGGCUUCACAUGCAGCACCCUGCAUAGACUACGUGCACUCAAGAGAUACUAGCUCAUGAUUUCUUGUCGUUCUUGAUAUCUACAUUAGUUGGUAAUAGUAAUACAGGCACCCUGGAGAUAUCCAGAGGCAC